ACUUGUCACCAUUCUCCAACACCACCACCACCCAAAUAUAACAACUGCUACUACAACUUCCACCAACGCCACAACCAAAUACAACUUUCCGGUCAAGGUUACUGUAUGUUUGCGUCUUAAUUAAGGCGCUACUACAGUUGACAUUUAGAAACAACACCAUUAAGAAACAGAACAGAGCCCUUCCAUGCACCAUGGCCAAGAUGUAUGGAAAGGGUAAGACGGCUAUUGAAUCAGACGAUCAACAAAAAUUACGAUGGCAAGUUGAACUUGAAUUCGUACAGUGCCUGGCUAAUCCCAAUUAUUUAAACUUUUUAGCUCAACGCGGUUACUUUAAGGAUCAAGCAUUUAUCAAUUAUCUUAAAUACCUGCAGUAUUGGAAAGAACCCGAGUAUGCCAAAUAUCUAAUGUACCCGAUGUGUUUGUAUUUCCUUGAUCUAUUGCAAUACGAACACUUUCGGCGUGAGAUUGUCAAUUCGCAAUGUUGCAAAUUCAUCGAUGAUCAAGCUAUAUUGCAGUGGCAACAUUAUACUCGUAAGCGUAUUAAAAUGUUUAAUAGUGUCAAUGGUAUGGGCCAAAUGAAUGCUGCUGAUCUGGCAGCAAUGGAUGCACAGCAGCAGCAGCAACAAAAUGCGCAGCAAAAUCAACAGAAUCAACAACAGCAACAAGCGGGACAACAGCAACCGGGAGCUGCUCACGCGCAUGUAGGCUUGCAAAAUGGCUUGGUGAAUAAUGUGCAACAACAACAGCAACAGCCACCCCAGCAAGCACAACAACAGCAAAGUGUUGGCAAUGCAGUAAUGGGCAUGCCAAAUGGGAACAAUACCGCCGCUAAUAGUAAUAACUGAAAGCGCUUCUAGAUUUGUAUAGUUUUCCUCCCAUUAGUUAGUAAUUUAUUUAGUCAUUGUAAACUGUAAUUAAUAUAGAAAUCAUUACUAUCAAAAACAUUUACGUGCGCUUGUUUUAUUGUAUCUCAUACUUCUUUAUACCUAAUAACUUGGGAACGAAAAAAAGAACAAAAUAAAUUUAUAUUCGAUAAU